AGGCUCACGCUCACUCUUUCUGAAGAAUCUCACGCUUGCGGUGCCGGAACCCCUCCUCAUCCAGCCACGUAAAUUAACCAGGCUAGAAUGCCGUUAGCACCAUGCCGUCCGUUGACGUCACGCCACGUGGCAGUUAGGCAACCGACCCCUGCGCCUUGAUAAAGGACCACCCUCGAAUGCCCCACAUCGGUUGGUUGAAGGUUCCUGCCAUCCUCCUCCUCCUCCUCCUCCCAUUCCUCUCCAUCAUCACCACCACCACAACCACCAUCACUUAGAGAGAGAAACAGAAGAGACGGAGGGAGAUGGGGAAUUGUCAGGCGGCAGAGGCGGCGACGGCGGUGAUCCAGCACCCGGGAGGGAGGGUGGAGAGGCUCUAUUGGCCGACGACUGCGGCGGAAGUCAUGAAGAGCAACCCGGGGCACUACGUGGCCCUGGUCACCCUCUACUUCUCUGAGGAGCAGCGCGAGGGCGGGGGCAGCAUGAGGCUAACUCGCGUGCGGCUGCUCAAGCCUAAGGACGCGCUCCUGUUCGGCCACGUCUAUCGCCUCGUCAGCUCCCAAGAGGUAGCAAAGGCUAUUCAGGCAAGGAAGUAUGAGAAGAUGAAGAAGACGCAAUCUGAAUUGAUCGAGAAACAGCAGGAGAGCAGAACAGAUGGUCAGAGUAAGGAGGUCUUUGAUGGGGGAAGACAGCUUGAUUCGGAUUAUACAGAUCAGGUGGCAAAGCUGGAGAAAGAGCGAAAGAAGAGCAGCACACAGCCGGCUGGGAGGGCCAGACAAUGGCGUCCUUCAUUGCUGAGCAUAUCCGAAGUUGGAAGCUGAUUUAGAAAAAAAAAAAAA